AUGUGUAUACUCUGUGUGAUCCAGAAGUGGUCUCGCCGGGUUGCCACGAUGCUUCCUUGGUUAGUUAUCCCUCUUAUAGGGUUGUGGGCUCUCUCUCAGCUCCUCCCCCCUGCUUUUCGUUUUGAGAUUACCUCUCCCAGACUUGCUUGUGUGUUUGUUCUUUUGGUCACUCUCUUCUGGUACGAGAUUUUGAUGCCUCAGCUAUCAGCUUGGCGUUUGAGAAGAAAUGCACGGUUAAGAGAGAGGAAGAGGUUCGAAGCUAUUGAGUUGCAGAAGCUCCGGAAAACUGCUACUAAAAGGUGUAGGAAUUGCUUGACUCCUUACCGGGAUCAGAAUCCAGGCGGGGGAAAGUUUAUGUGCUCGUACUGUGGCCAUAUAUCCAAGAGGCCAGUGCUUGAAAUGCCUGUACCACCAGGAUUAGGGAUUCCGAAUUCUGGGAUUAUUAAGGACUUGGUUGGCAAAGGUGGGAAGAUACUGAAUGGCAAGGCAUGGUCUGAUAAUGGGUGGAUGUGCAGUCAGGAUUGGUUAGAGAAUGGUGGUUGGACUGGUGGUUCUAUUUCUGGGAGAUCUAGUUACUGGAGGAAAACUGGUGGUGGUGUAUUAGGAGCAGAUGAUAACUGUUCGGCGGAGAAGUCUUACUUGCGUGUUGUAAUUUUUGGAUGCAAACUACUGACUUCGUUCUUCUUGAGCAUUAGGUGGCUCUGGAGAAAGAUUUUUAGGAUUAGUUCGUCAAAGGAUGAUGCCUCUUCUGACGCAGAGCAUAGGGGAGGCAUGUCUAAGAGAGGGGAGAAUGGGGCUAACUAUCCCGAAAGUAGGGGGGAGAAAGCACGCAGGAAAGCUGAGGAGAAGAGACAGGCUAGGUUAGAGAGGGAGCUACUGGAGGAGGAAGAAAGAAAGCAGCGGGAGGAGGUUGCAAGGUUGGUUGAGGAACGCCGAAGGUUAAGGGAUGAGAAAAUGGAGGCUGAGAAAGACCGGAUCAAGUUGUCACCACCAACCAGGGAAAAAGAUAGUAAAAAGGAAGCAGAAAAGAGGCGUCAGGAAAGAAGAAGAGAUAAAGAUAAGGGAUCCAGUAAGAGCAACUCUGAUGUCGAAGAGCUGGAAAAAAGAGCUGGUAAAGAAAGUGAAAGGAAAAGGGAUUUUGAUAAGAAGAGUGAUGUGGAGAGAAGGGAGUCGCAAAAGUUCAUUACAGAAAAUGGCAAGGGUUACAACAGUGAAUUAGGGUAUGGAAAUGGAACGAGAAAUGCCUCUACGGCAAAUUUUAACCGUGGAAAUACCGGAACAAGGUACUUUGACAGGGUGAGGGGGACCUUUUUAUCUUCUUCUAGAGCUUUUGGUGGAGGCAGUUUCUUUGGACGGAAUGCUAACAGUCCUGCUGGUGCUACUAAAGAAAUGAAGUUCAACAGUUCUGCAGAUCAGUUGCACAUUUCUGCUCAUAGGAGAGAAACAUGCCCACCUGGUGUGGUUGGGAAGUCAAGUAUCAACUGUGAUGACAGGAAUACUAACCGACCUGUACCAUCUGAACAACCUAGGCCAGCUCCUAAGAAGUCGUGGCAGCAAUUAUUUACCCGCUCAUCAUCAUCAGCUUCUUCAUCCUCAAGUACUAAUGUUAUAAGCCGACCAAAUUCAAAACCCCAGGCAGAAUUGCAGAAUCCACAGUUUCCCGGGCAACCAUCGACAAUACAAUCGUUCGACAAUCCUAUCAAUUUUGGACUCCCAUCACCAUUUUCGAUCCCCAUGUAUCCUAAUGUCUCAACUAGUGCUAGUUUAGGUUUCUCACCUGCCAUUGAGUCUUGUGUGCCUCACAUUGCUGAAGGAGUGUGUGACUUCUUACCUGAAGAACCGGAGCGUUUUGAAGACCCGUGUUAUGUUCCUGAUCCAAUAUCAUUGCUUGGGCCUGUCUCAGAGUCUCUUGAUAAUUUCCAGUUGGACAUGGGAACUAGUUUUGCAUCAGAUCUAGGAUUAGAUAGACCAAGAACCAUGAAGAAGCCAGCUGGAUCACCUGAAGUGAGCAAGCCAUCUCCAAUUGAAUCCCCAUUGUCACGUCGAAUGGCUGAUGAAAAGCAUAACAACGCAAACUGGUUCCCCACUACUCCUAAGGCUCAGGAUUUGCAUGCUAAUAAUUCCUUGGAUGAUGUGCAAGUAAAUAACGAGAAAGGGACAUGGCAAAUGUGGAACAGUGUAAAUCCUCUUGGUCAGGAUGGCCUUGGUUUGGUUGGGGGCCCUGGUAGCUGGCUUCUACCACCAGAGCGGAGUAUCCUGACUAACGAAGAUAUUUUGCAUCCUUCAUCUCAGAGCACAAUGGCAGCAUCGCUGUUUUCAACAGAUGACCAUGCCCUUUUAAGCUCUCUUUCUCCUCAGAAGGGUUAUCUUCGAAAUGGUCACGGUGGUGUUUUCAGUCCUGUUGCUAGUUCGGGUGACAAUGAGCCAUGGCUGCACAAGGCUUUUUUCCCACCACUGUCGGGCAAUGAAGGUCAUUUCUCUGUCAAAGCUGGGGAGCAGAGUUGUCAAGAUGAACUAGGCAUGUUUAAUGGAGUUGCUUCCAACCUUCCAUUUGAGAUGCCUCCACAAGAUUGUUGGUCCAAGAAGGAAUGGGCAGUGAAACGAACAGGAGAAGGUGUUGUGAAGCCCUCGCUGACAACGAGAGCCACGAUUGGGGGCUUAUUUCCCAACCCCAACCCUGAUGUACAGUCUCUUUGGUAA